CGUAGUCUAGCUAUUGACAACAGUGGGCGCGAUCCAUAGGCGGCGAGGAGAUUGUCAACCAGUGAGAAGAGCAUGGUCGCCAGUGCUGUCCUCGUUGUGUGCCGGUACAUGGAGACGGUGAACGGGUUGCGGCGUGCGGGUGGGAGGGGGAGGGGGAGGAGGGAGGCCGCCAUAGCCUAGGCAAUGGCAGACGUCUGUACAUCGUCCGGUCUAUCAGAUGCUCCUUUCCUGUUGUCCAACGCAAUUGUUGCUGGUGUUCUGCUCAGGGACUCACCGCGAUGGUGGAUGAAAAGACGAACGGGCGGGACGUGGCGAGACUUGGACAUUGUAGACGACGCGAUGGAUGAAUAUUUCCAUGACAAGCUUCGAAUGUCGAGGGCCAUAUUCGGGGACAUUGUUGCAGCUUGCAGUCCAUUCAUCGACCGUAGGCUGACGCACUACCGCGAGCCCUUGCAGACAGACCUUAUCGUCGCCUUCGCGUUAUACCGGUUGGCCACGGGGGAGACGUUUGAGAAUGCUUCGUCGAGCUUUGGCAUCGGCAGGUCGUUCGGGGUGACGGCCGUCAUGGACGUCGCCAACGCAAUACUGGCUGCAUAUCCAGACAAAGUCGCCAUGCUGUCCGGUCGUCGGCUGCUGCAAGUGACCCGAGCAUUCGGAGCAAAGGGUUUCCCUAAUUGUUUCGGCGCAAUCGAUUGCACGCACGUGUACGUGGACAAGCCCGCCAACGCACCAUCCGAGAACUACUUCGAUCGAAAACAUCAGUUCUCGGUCGUCGCCCAAGUUGUCGUCGACCUCGACAUGAGAAUUCUCGAUGUGUUCAUGGGCCACCCGGGGAGCGUCCAUGACCAGCAGGUUUUGAGAAAUUCUUCACUCUUUCGACGUGCGGAUGUGGGCGAGCUCUUCGUCUCGGAACUUGUUCUGCUGCCAGGGGGGGUGUCCACAACAGAGUACCUGCUUGGGGACAAUGGCUACUCGCCGAGAACGUGGAUGGUGGUCCCCUACGGGGGGACAGACCAAGCAGGGGACAUCGGAUUGUUUGACACGCGGCAGAAGACGACGAGAGGAGUCGUGGAGAGGGCUUUCGGGCGUUUGAAGGGGAUAUGGAGGUUGUUCCUUCGCCAUCACAAGACUAACAUGGAUAAUCUGCCUCAACAAUUUUUGGCUGUUUGUAUUAUCCACAACUUGUUGCUUGAGGCGGGCAUACCGUUUGACAACUCGGUCCUGCUCGAGCCGGACGAGAACGGCAAUCUGGUUCGUGUCGAUCUGGGGUUGCAAGAUCCGCCACGACCAGUGUCGCAAUCGGGCGCAACCGACGCUGCCGUGGCUUUACGUGACGGGUUACGUGUGCGAAUGAUGAACUGAAUCUUUGGGUGUGCGGACGACGGUCAUGUUCGGUAUCUAUGGGUGUGUCGAUUACAGGGUUUACUGCUUUAGACGGCGCCAGUUCCCUUUUUUGGCGCGUGUGGUCGUCAGCGGGGGGAAUGGCCCGAUCAUGCAUCGCUAAAUCGGCGUGUUUAUGUGAUGACAAUUCGUUGAUUUUAUCUCCCGCGUUCAUGUUCUAGUUUUUUAUAUAAGUGAACAUUUUGUGUCUUCCUUUCAAAAACUCAUCAUCCUUUCUUAUCCUAUUGAUAUUCCGCGUGGACGGUAAAUGUAUUUCAAUCUGUGUCUUUUUUUCCCAAAAGAUAACAACUAUGUGUGUUCAUUUGCUUUCUCAGUUUUACAAUC